UCGCUCUACUUCCUGUUUACCUCCGAGAGCACUGACCGACUGACUGUUGCCAGCUGCUUCGCAUUCAGACUAUGUGAUAUGUUAUUCUGUCGCUUUUAACACUCUGAACAUGGCACAACUGUUGUGUUUGCUGCUGCUGCUGCUGUCUGGCGGAGCUCCGGUAUCCGCGGCACCGACUGGAGGCAGCUACCUGCCGGGGACAGGUGAGAGGAAACUUCCCGCUAGAGACACCUCGACAUACGCAGGCAGGUUCUGGCACAUCACCGACCUCCACCUGGACCCCUCCUACCACCUGGCCCCAGACCCCACCAAGGUUUGUUUCUCCUCUAAAGGGUUCCCUGCCACCCAUGCCGGCAUGUUCGGAGACUUCCUGUGUGACUCUCCGUACAGCCUCAUCCAGUCAGCCUUCACUCACAUGGCGACGCUCACACAGCCGCAGGACUUCAUCAUAUGGACCGGUGACAAUCCACCUCACGUCCCAGUGGGUGAGCUCUCUACAGACAUCGUGAUCCAGGUGAUCAGUAAUAUGACUCAGACCAUCAGACAGCAUUUCCCCAACCUGACAGUCUAUCCUGCAGUGGGAAACCAUGACUACUGGCCACAGGAUCAGAUGCCGACUUCCACUAAUGCCAUCUACAAGGCUGCAGCUCAGCUCUGGAAGCCCUGGUUGGAGCCAGAUGCUCUGUUCACACUCUCACAAGGUGGUUUCUACUCCCAGCUGGUGAAACCGGGUUUGCGGCUGAUCAGUCUCAACACUAUCCUUUACUACGAUCCUAAUAAAGUCUCAAGUAACAUGACGGACCCAGCUGGACAGUUUGAGUGGCUAGAGGAAACUCUGGAGAAAGCAGCGAAAAGCCUAGAAAAGGUGUACAUUAUAGCCCAUGUACCAGUGGGGUACUUGCCUUUUGCCACAAACACCACAGCCAUAAGAGAGAGUCACAAUGAGAGGCUGGUUGCCAUCUUCAGGGAGUACAGUGAGGUCAUUGCAGGACAUUUCUACGGUCACACCCACCGAGACAGCAUCAUGGUGCUGCUGAACCGACAAGGUAAACCAGUGAAUUCUCUGUUUGUGUCACCGGCUGUUACACCAAUCAAGAAUCUUGUGGACCCCUACUCUAACAAUCCAGCUUUCCGCAUGUAUUUGUACAAGGCCAAGGAUUACACAAUGUUGGAUAUCUGGCAGUACUAUUUGAAUCUGACGGAAGCCAACGAGAAACAAAGAUCUGACUGGAAGCUUGAAUAUAUCAUGACUGAAGCUUUUGGACUGACUGACCUGCAGCCACAAAGCCUGCUCCAGCUGGGCCUGAGCUUCAGGCUGCCGCAGACCAAAGCCUUUGACAUGUAUUUCAACCACUUCAUGGUCAGCUACAACAGCAGUAUCGUCUGUGAAGACUUCUGUAAGGUCUGUCAGGUGUGUGCCGUGCUCUACCUGGACCAGCUGUCCUACUCUAAAUGUAUUGCAGGUGCAGAAUGGUAGCAUGAAUGCUCAUCAAAAUGAAAGAUUGUUGAGGUAUUUGUCUCAGGGAUCACAAUUAUUUUGUUUUAUUUUUAAAUUUUCUUUCAAUCCCGGAAUCAGAAAAAGAAAAAUGCUUUUUCUGCUCCUAAAUGUUAAACCAACUGUGAUUUUCUUUUCUAUUUACAGUUUUCAUCUAUGAUAUUCCUCAAUUGAAUCAAAAGUUUUCCAUAUGCAGCCCAGAAUACAUAUUAGAGCCAGAAGGAUACUGGAUUUUUCCACUUUUUUGUAGCGAAUAAUUAUGAUAUCGACCUGUAUUCUUUUUAUAUACAUAUUUACACAAACAACAUUUUAUUCUUAUAAUGAAAACGAAAAUCAUGUCUCUUCAUUUUCCAGCAAUUUAUUUCAUAAAGUAGUUAGUAGCUUACUGUGAAGACAUUGCUUUACUCUGCACCACCAUCUGCUCAGCUUUGUUGCUUGCUCUGCUACAUGUACUGCAGGCAGUACUGAGAGUACAACAAACAAUGGAGUCGCAACCACUCUGUUGACAAUUUAUGUGAUGACACCAUUUCUAAAUUACCUCGUGUCUUUAAUGCAUCAUGCUCUGUUAAAAACAAAGGGGUCAUAACACAAAGUAUAUACCAAUGAGGCAUCAAUGACUUGACUGUCAUACAUAUUGAAUAACCAUGAAGGAAAUUAUAAUUUUAGAAAAAGAAUCAUUAUAUACUGGUAUAGUGUAGAAAAUGUAAUAUUAUAGUACAACCCUUAAGGCGUAAAAGUUCUUCUCUAACUCGUGUGUUUCUCAGUUUAGUCUUUAGCACGAAUGGUAGCACAAAUGUCCAUUAAAAUGGAGGAUUUGUUGGUGCUGAUUGUUUUUUAAAUGAUGUUAUUUGUUAUUUGAAUCAGGUAAAGGGAAAUGCAGCACAAUACUUGCACAAUAUCUGCUGCUUGCAAUUUUUUAUUUUUUUUAAAUGCAUGAAAACCUGCAUUUUUCAGCCUGUGAUAUUUAAUCUGAGAUUAAAUAGGAAGCAAGUUAUAUCAUAGAGGCAUGUGUGCUUUUUGGUGGAUCCCCCUUAUCAGAGUCCCUCAUAAACAAGAUUAAAAUGUACUGUUUCAAUUAAAAUUUACUUUACAGAAUGA